UUGGAGAUACUCUUGCAAGGUCAUGGCUUCUGCACUUAACUCAACGGAGCUCGUGCUUCGAAAUGGCUCGGGAUGUAUCACCGAUGCGACUCCAUCGUCGGACGAUUACUUAGACUCAGAGAACACCUACAACUCUUUCCAGACAGCUCUACGGACGUCUUUUAUCGUAGUCAACUGUCUCAUGGUCAUCAUCGGCAAUAUUUUCAGCCUGACGGUCAUACGAUUUGUUGACUCGCCCCGUUUUCCACCAAGCUCCAAAGCCUUCCUCUGUAACGUCAUUGUCUGGGACCUGGCUUACGGUGGCAUCUCCGUUCUGUACGUCCCUCCGGCUGCUCUGAACUACUGGCCCUACGGACACUUUCUCUGUGAAGCAACCGGUAUAGUCAUGAUGUCCAUCAAUGUAUGUUGCGUCAAUGCUGCGAUCCUCAUCACGGUAGAUCGUCUUCUAGCUGUGCUGUACCCUCUUCGUCAUCCCAUACUGAUCUCCACAAAACGCGCGCUAGUCAUCAUCGGGAUGGCCGUCUUAUUCGCUUUGUCUGCGAGUACCGCAAUAUACGCUAACAGUGGCGACGUUGCUUACAGUAACGAUGCCGUCUUGUGUAACGUCAUAUGGUCCUGCGUCUCCCCAGCGAACCUUUUUCGACUAAUCGUCAGCAAUGGCUGCCUACUGUUCCUACCAGUGGUCGUUUUGAUUGGCUGCUACACCAAACUUUAUCUGGUGGCUCGCAAACAUGCAAAACGCCUCGCCAAAUUACGGAAUAACGCGAGCGCCUUCAGUGGUGGAACCGUGCCGAACAGUCGCGCACUGAGAAUGUGCUUGCUCAUCACUGUCACAUUUUGUAUCGCCUGGACCCCUUACAGCGUCGUAUCCACCCUGAACUACGUCACCAAAGAGGUCUCUCAUCCAUUGGUCGAGUUUAUCACGAGUUGGGUGUGCCUCUGCAACAGUUGGUGGGACGUUAUUAUCUAUUUUUUCAUGGCUCAGGAGUUUAGAAAAACUGCUCGAAAACUACUUUGCCGGCGACGGUUGUAAACCUGAGAACACAAUUCAGAGGCACUGAGACAUAACUUGAGAAGAAAGAAUCAGUACAAGUUAGUUUUGGUUACCAAAAAGUAGCUUAUCAAUCCAUGCUAAACAUGUUUAUUUUCAAUAUUGUAGCAGUAUAUACCCUGAAGUACAACUUCUAUUUUGUUUAUGACGUCGGUAAGGCCAAAACAAACAAAAUCGGUCUCUGGUCAGCGCGCGCGUCGAUUUUAAUCAUGCGCGUCAACCUGUUUUUUUAUCCAAAUUAACACGGAAG